AGCUUGUAAAGAGAUGAAAUUUUGCGCGCUUUAUCGUCGCGGUACCACCGCACCGGUGCGUUGCACCAUGCAACGCGCUGUUCGCUCGGUUGUGUAAUAUACGUACGUGUGUACGCAACGUAAUACGGAUAUAAUUGUUCGGCGACGUUGUAUAAUCCAACUUCCAGAGUGAAUCCAGUAGUGAUCGAGACGUCGCCGCGGGAACUCGGUCGUCCUCCUAAAUCGUGUUUCUGAACAGAGUUAACAGACUGGAGAAUCGAUCAGUUCGAGUCAGUGGUCAACGCAGUGGCUGACGCGUUCCAUCGAUCCACGAUUCCUAAACAUUUCCAUUGAAUUCUUGUAUCAUGUAUCGCUGCGCGAGUGUCGCCUCGUCAUUUACUUAUUUCAUUAAUUGUGCCAUCGUAUGUUUCGCACGUAUUAUUACGGAUCGGGCCAGAUUCCGCGAAUUUUUCGGUGUAUUUCCAUAACGGGAAACAGUGCGUGUAUUCCGAGGAUUUUAGAGAUUUGUUAGGUGCAUGCAGGUUGAUAACGAUACCGUGGUUUCUAUAUUUAAGCGAGGACGCUUGAAAAAAGUGCUUCGUCGAUAAUAUAUACGGCCGGUGACAACGCUUACUCAGGCUCGGAAGUGCGAAACAAUUCGAGUUAGUAACGAGUACGUGUACUGUCGAGACGAGGUCACUGGCUGGAAGAACGAUCCCGCGACGUCCUAAAAGCUAAACGAUAAACGUUUACGUAAUCUGUGCCAAGUAAAACUAGCGUUAACAGUCGACACCUGCUAUCGAAUCUGAGCCGUAACGAAGUUAUUACUAUUCUGUUAUCCGAUACUCGCCGCGGUAACUUAACGAAAACGAAGAAACCGGUGCUCGUGCACUGGGAAUGUGCCAAACAUUCCCGAGGAGUCCGCGAUUCGAGCUUCAUCGAUUUCAAGCGUAAUCAAAACAUUUGGAAGUUGAACUUACGAACAAGAGUCGUUCGACGAAUCGAUUUCAAACGCUUUGUUUCCUUCGGUGGAGAACGAUGGGAAAACGAGUGAACGUAAUGUGGAAUCUUGACAACGACGAAUAAUAAUUUCACGGUGCUCGAUCGAGGGAUACCAUGAAGAAAGUGUAUCGGGUAACUGUCGAUUUGUGAAGAAGAAAUGGAGGAAGCGAAGCACGCGUGGGCUUCCUUGAAGUCCGGUAGGAAAUUAUCGAACGGUAACUCUACUGCAGUUUGGUACGACGUUCCCGCGCCGGUGAUAAUACACUGUCACGAGUUUCCUGAUUCUACGGCCGACGUUAGUAAAAUCGAGGAGGCAACUUCCGUCUCGAUCACUGAGGUCGACGCCGAUUCGAAUCCUAAAAACCAAGAGGAUCAAGUUAGCAAGCGACAUAGGAACACUGUAGAAUUAACGGCAAUCGCAUCGGUCAGCACUGACGAGGACGGCGUGCCGCAGAUCAGCUUCAGUUUCUUGCAAACGGAUGAGAAACGCACGGAAGAAAAUGGUAGAGCUUCGGUUCAGAGCGAGCUAUACGAUUUUCCAAAGAACCCGUAUGCUUCCAAUGAAGAAAUUGAAAGCGAGAAAGUGGAAACCGAACGGGAAGCGGAUGCAGACGGAGCGCAAGGAAAAAUUGAAGAGAAUAAACCUGAGAAUGUAGAAGAAGGAGAAAAGAGCGAAGGAACGACACCGGUUGAAUCGAACGUGUAUUCGAAUGUUGACGCAACUGGGAAAAACAAUAGAGCUCGUCGGUCGACGAGUUCGUUCAAGCAUGGAAAGAAGAGCUGCGGGAAAUCGGAAAGCGACGCUGGUAUUGCCUCGAUGUCCGGUUCUUAUUCGGAUCCCGAGUGCUCGAACAUUGAUGCUCUUUCGGUCUCGAAAGUUUUCCGCCGAAACUCACGCGGGCGGUACUCGAAGAAACACCGGCUGGGGAAAGCAUGGGAGAAAAUGCGAAGCUGGCUACGCGACGAAACCUCUAAGAUCAACGAGGUCGUGAACAAGCACGCGAGGUUGCAAGCGGUUGGCGCUCUCGCCGGAGAAUCGCGUAGCCUGACGAUGAACCUUGCCAAGAGUAACAGCGCUUCCUACGAUCUGACCAAGGCGAGCCCUCAGGAGACAGGGUCGAUCACUAGGGUCGAGGAAUUCGGAUUGAGCACCGCCUCCUCUCCCACGAAAGAGGCUCCCGAGACCUUGACCUUUGACGUAGACGUAAACGCGAACAAACCUUCCAAUAAUAAUUUGAGGAAAACGAUUGCGAGCUCGGAAAUGGUCUUGAAUCACCUGGAGGAGAGCGAGGCAAGGAUUGGUCCAGUCUCGUUCAGUAUGGAUAAACUGUGCUCAGAUACGGAAAACGAGGAGACGGAGAAUAGAGAGAUCAGGGAUCUCGGUCGUAAGCCCGCGCCCGGUCUAAUUAAGAGAAGAAUGCUAGGGUCGAUCAGAGGGUUAAUGGCCUCAACUCAUCUGGCCCACGUUCGCGAGACCGAAGAGGGAGGACAGGGCGGAUUCGAGGAUAUCCGAAGGUACGUGAAACAGGGUGGGGAUUUUUGCAAAGAGUUGGCAUCGAUCCUUCACGAAAGAGCUGAAUUGGAAGCGACUUACGCCAAAGGGCUCAGCAAAUUGAGCAGUAAAUUGACGAAAGCAUGCGCGAAAGAUCAAGGUGGGAACGGUAGCGGAGGCGUUAACGAGGCAUGGAGAUGCGUCGGCGAAGAAAUGGAGGCCGCCGCGGAAGCCCACAAGAUCUGGGGUAUCACACUCAGCGAGCAACUCGCGAAACCGCUCAGAGUGGGAGUAGCGGAGGCUCAAGGACGAUCGAGGAAGGCGAUCGAGAAUUCCGUGGACAAAGCUGGAAAAUCUCUCCACGAGUGGCGAAACGUCGCGGCGAAGAGUAAGAAGCAGAGUUUCGCGAGCGCACGGGAGAACGAGAGGUUGCAGGACCUGGCCAGGCUGCAAACGAUCAGUCAGAGCCAGCAGAGCAACAACAAAUCGCCGAGUCAUCACCAGAUGACCGAGAAGGAAGCCAGCAAGUUGGAGGCGAGGAGGAGAAAGGCCGAGGAUUCGUCUCGCAGGGCGGACACCGAGUUCUACACGGUGAGCGUGAGAGCCGAGAGAGCCAGGCUCGAGUACGAGAGCACGAUGAGGAAAGGGGCAAAACAGAUGGAACUCCUCGAGGAGGAAAGAUUGAGCGCUCUCAAGGAUCUUGCGAACGUUUACCUGGCUCACCUACAAGCCCUGGCUCCCCGCCUGCAACAGAGUGCCGACCGAUUGGCAACGCCGAUACGUAACUGCAACGUGUCUCAAGAUAUCGAGAUGUUGAAGAACCACAUACGCAGAGUAGAGAGCAACGACGGUUGUAACGCGGAGCAAUUGCUGCCGGACUUUUACGCGGAGCAUGUUACGCUCGCGAUGAACAGGGAACGUCGAAAGCAAGCAUUAGUGAGAGUGCUCCAUUUGAUCAGGCAAGACUUGGAACGUGAGAGGCGUGGUAGAGAGGGUUUAGAGACGCUUCACAGAGCUUUUGUCGCGACGCCGGCCUUCGCCGCGGACGAGAGCACCCAGAACGUCACUGAGAAGCUACACCAUAUGCGUUCCAUGCUACUGUACCUGGAGGCAGCCAAGUACAAAGUCGGAGGAACGUUGGCGGAAGUGGAAGGCAGCAAACGAGGCAAGCAUCCGUUCGCCGAGUACAUUUUAGUUUCGAGGGAUAAACAGGGUUUGCAGCAAAGUGUCCUUAAGAUUCCUUCUUGGGCAAAGAAUGAAUCGUUCGAGAUUCAAACGGAAGAGGACGACGAUAUCGAAGUCCGUCUCGCGAAGGAUCACGAUGCCGUCAGUCGUCAAUGGGUAGACCGGACGGCUGGCGAUGGGAACUCGGAAAAUCCACCGGACGAGGACGAUUUCAGCGAUUUCGACGAGUUCAGCAGUCAGUCCGAAGAUAACAAUAAUCAGGACGUCGACACCGUGGAAACGAGUGUGAAACCUGAUGGAACGGAACAAUGUCGAGCGAUCUAUCAGUAUUCGGCGAACUUGAACGAUGAGCUCAGUCUGAGUCCAGGGGAUCUGAUAACGGUGCAUCAGAAGCAGCCCGAUGGAUGGUGGAUAGGCGAGUGCAAAGGCCGAACUGGAAUAUUUCCAGCAACCUACGUUCAAGUAAUUUGAUUGUAGAGCUCACAAGAGAAGGAAACCAAUCAAACGUUUGCUUCGAACUCUGAGCAGGGAAUGAAUAAACGAAUAUACGUGAGAAAAAUUAAAUAAGUGCCAAUGACAAGAUUUGGGUGUUUGUUCGAAUAUCUCGCGGAGUAUAUGAAAUAAAUGUGGACGAAGUUAAUAUAUAAUCGCGAUGAUACCGUAGAUAGAUUUAUACGACGAACUAUUCCUUUUUAUAGCUGACGUACUAUAAUUUAUACAAUUGUAAUGUAAGUAAUAACGCCGCGAUACGCGAUGAUGGAUUGUAUCAUUUUCAUACGUUGCGUCUGUGAAAACAAGGAAGAAAGUCUAUCAUUCCUUCUAUAGACGAUCAAAGACUGCCAUUUACGUGGCGAUCGCGUGUCAAGUCAGCGCGAGUGUGUAUGUAUGUAUGUAUGUAGUAAAACCUGUUCAAUCUUAAUUUUGAUAUUUCGUUGUAAAUAAUUGCGAGAUAAACUUCGUUUAUUUGUGUUAUAAUAAUACAGUCGAACGAUACAGCGUUAA